AUGCCACGCAGUAAACAAGAAGAAGAGGUGGACGUUGCUGAUCAGUUUCUGAACUAUGACGGAGAUGUAACAACAACCGUCGAAGCUGAAGGGACCUCGGUAGAUCAACCGGAACCAGAUAUUUCGACUACAGACAAAAUAGAAGAGCAACCACCGACAAGUACUCCAAAGAAUGAACAGCCAACAAUUGAAGACCCUUCAAAUGAAAAGGAAAAUAAAGAUCCCGAAGAGGAAGUGGUCCAAGAACAAUCGAACGGUAAUGACAAAAAUGAGAAAGACGAGGAUGAAGCUGCUGAAGUUUACGAAGUAGAGGCUGUGCUUGAACAUAAUAAGAGUAAAGGUAAAACGUAUUACUUAAUUAAAUGGAAAGGCUAUAGUCAAGAAGAGUCUACUUGGGAAGAUGAGGACAACGUUUUCGCUGAAGAUUUAGUAAAAGAUUAUUGGACAAAAUUAAAUUCUGAAGAACCAAAGGUUAGAGAGACCAGGAAAGGUAGAAAAAGGGCUGCUACUGCUCCUCCUCCCAUCCCAUCUAAAAAAGAAACGAAGAAAGCACGUAUGUCUACUUCACCAAAAAAAGCGAAAACAGUCAGAGUUAAAAUAGAUGAAGAUUUUGAUCAUGACGAAGAUUGGGAGAGUCUAGUUUCAGGGGUUGAGACGGUCACUCGUGAUGAUAAAUCUGGCGAACUACUGGUCUAUUUGAAAUGGAAAAAUGGUGACACCUCGAGACAUCCAGCUAAAGAAGCCAAUAUCAAAUGCCCUCAAAAGAUGAUAAAAUUUUAUGAACAGCGCCUGACCUUUGCUGCCCCACAACAAAAGUCUUAA